AUGAACACAAUCGUCUUCGGUACCCCUCGCCCAAAGGUUACUCAACGUCUAAGGCACGUACACCCCUUUGCCCGCCUCUUAGAGCCCCUACUGACGCCCCUAGGCCACCCCUCGGCGAAUCCGCUACUGCUGGCAAUCGAGGCCGCAAGCGAGCCCAACACGUCCUCCCCUAUAUACUCCUCUCAAGCCAGCGAUGUUAAACAAGAGGAGGAUCUACAACAGGCGAAUGCGGAGAACUCUACGGAGAAUAUUGCGGAGAUAGUCAUCAGCAGCAGUGACACAACAGGCCUACUCUCCACGGUCUCACACCAAUCCACUCAGCCAGUGCAAGAGAAGUCAAUACAGCAGGCGAAUGCGGAGAACACUACGGAGAAACCAAGCGGCAACAAGGCCCCCAGCACCAAGAAUACGGCUCAGCUCUCCAAAAUCCCACGUCAUAUGCUCUCCACGAUUCCAUAUCAAAUCAUCACUCAGCAAGCGGAGAACACCACUGCAACUUAG